GCGGCUAGGCUAGUGUCCCCAAAGUCAGAGAAAGGACCUGAAGAGGAGGAACCACAGGAGUACCCCAACCCCCAAUUUCUUUUCUUAGCUCUUCCACUUCUUACAGUUCCGUAGGCAGGAUCUCCCGUUCUAGGUGGGCCUACAGUCCGGCUCGCAGCCUCUGCCGCCCCCUCCAGGGUAAGACCACACAUGGGCGCUCCCAGGAGAGUGGGUCGAGGGCUAAGGGGAAAAGGGAGGAUGUCUGCCUCUCGCAGUUUGCCGGUUUAAGAAACCCCACAGCGCAAGAGGAAAGUGGGCCCCUACAGUUGUUCACCUCCGUCCCAUUCGCUGCACGAACCGGGAAGCCAAGGCCGACAGAGGCAGGCACUCACCCAAGGUCAUACAACAAGGCGCGGCCUAGGGGGCCAGUUUCCUGCUCCCGGCCCGGAUUCACGGAGCCGCUAAGUCGGAGUGGCGGUUCUGGGAGCCUCUUCCCCAGGUAGCCAGGGUGGGGAGUCGGCCCCGCACGAGAAGCCGGCUGCAGCUGCUGCAGAGCGGACCGAGCCAGGUGGGGCUGCCGUUUGCCGAGCGUCCGGCAGGGGUCCACUCACCGCCAGCCCGGACCCUCCGCCGAGCAGCUGCUGCCGCCGGAGCAUGGCUGAGGAGUUUAUCACCCCAGUGUAUUGCACUGGGGUGUCUGCACAAGUGCAGAAGCAGCGGGCCAAGGAGCUGGGCCUGGGCCGCCAUGAAAACGCCAUCAAGUACCUGGGCCAGGAUUACGAGCAGCUGCGGGCUCAAUGUCUGCAGAGUGGGGCCCUCUUCCGUGAUGACGCCUUUCCCCCAGUGCCCCAGAGCCUGGGCUUCAAGGAGCUGGGCCCCAACUCCUCCAAAACCUAUGGCAUCAGGUGGAAGCGUCCCACGGAGAUGCUCUCCAACCCCCAGUUCAUCGUGGAUGGAGCCACCCGCACAGAUAUCUGCCAGGGAGCGCUGGGGGACUGUUGGCUCCUGGCUGCCAUUGCCUCUCUCACCCUCAAUGACACCCUCCUGCACCGAGUGGUUCCACAUGGCCAAAGCUUCCAGGAUGGCUAUGCCGGUAUCUUUCAUUUCCAGCUGUGGCAGUUUGGGGAGUGGGUGGACGUUGUCGUGGAUGACCUGCUGCCCACCAAGGACGGAAAGCUGGUAUUUGUGCACUCUGCCGAAGGCAAUGAGUUCUGGAGUGCCCUGCUUGAGAAGGCCUAUGCCAAGGUAAACGGCAGCUAUGAGGCCCUAUCGGGAGGCAGUACCUCGGAGGGCUUCGAAGACUUCACAGGAGGUGUCACCGAGUGGUACGAGCUGCGCAAGGCGCCCAGCGACCUCUAUCAAAUCAUCCUCAAGGCGCUGGAGCGGGGCUCCCUGCUGGGCUGCUCCAUCGACAUCUCCAGUGUUCUGGACAUGGAGGCCAUCACCUUCAAGAAGCUGGUGAAGGGCCAUGCCUACUCUGUGACUGGGGCCCAGCAGGUGAACUACCAGGGCCAGAUGGUGAACCUCAUCCGGAUGCGGAACCCCUGGGGCGAGGUGGAGUGGACCGGAGCCUGGAGUGAUGGCUCCUCGGAGUGGAACAAUGUGGACCCUUAUCAACGGGAGCAGCUCCGGAUCAAGAUGGAAGAUGGGGAGUUCUGGAUGUCAUUCCGAGACUUCAUGCGAGAGUUCACCCGCCUGGAGAUCUGCAACCUGACGCCCGAUGCCCUCAAGAGCCGGAAGUUCCGUAAAUGGAACACCACCCUCUACGAUGGCACCUGGCGGCGGGGGAGCACUGCAGGGGGCUGCCGGAACUUCCCAGCCACCUUCUGGGUGAACCCUCAGUUCAAGAUCCGGUUGGAGGAGAUAGAUGACGCGGACGAUGACUACGGAGGUCGCGAGUCAGGCUGCAGCUUUGUGCUCGCACUCAUGCAGAAGCAUCGCCGCCGUGAGCGCCGCUAUGGGCGUGACAUGGAGACAAUCGGUUUCGCAGUCUAUGAGAUCCCUCCGGAGCUGGCGGGCCAGCCAGCGGUGCACCUGAAGCGUGACUUCUUCCUGGCCAAUGCAUCGCGGGCCCGAUCAGAGCAGUUCAUCAACCUGCGGGAGGUCAGCACCCGCUUCCGCCUGCCGCCUGGGGAGUACGUGGUGGUGCCCUCCACCUUCGAGCCCAACAAGGAGGGUGACUUUGUGCUGCGCUUCUUCUCGGAGAAGAGCGCUGGGACAGAGGAGCUGGACGACCAGAUCCAGGCCAAUCUUCCUGAUGAGCAAGUGCUCUCAGAAGAGGAGAUUGAUGAGAACUUCAAGUCCCUCUUUAGACAACUGGCAGGAGAGGACCUGGAGAUCAGCGUCAAGGAGCUGCAGACCAUUCUGAACAGGAUCAUCGGCAAACACAAAGACCUGCGAACCAAGGGUUUCAGCCUGGAGUCCUGCCGCAGCAUGGUGAACCUCAUGGAUCGGGACGGCAAUGGGAAGCUGGGCCUAGUGGAGUUCAACAUCCUGUGGAACCGUAUCCGGAAUUACCUGUCCAUCUUCCGGAAGUUUGACCUGGACAAGUCAGGCAGCAUGAGUGCCUACGAGAUGCGGAUGGCCAUCGAGUCUGCAGGCUUCAGGCUCAACAAGAAGCUGUACGAGCUCAUUAUCACUCGCUACUCGGAGCCCGACCUGGCUGUGGACUUUGACAACUUUGUGUGCUGCCUGGUGCGGCUGGAGACCAUGUUCCGGUUUUUCAAAACUCUGGACACAGAUCUGGAUGGAGUCGUGACCUUUGACCUGUUUAAGUGGUUACAGCUGACCAUGUUUGCAUGAGGCGGGGCUUAGGCCGCCUUGCUGUGUCCCUUUUCCUUCAUCUGCCAAGCCAUGCCUUCUCGUCACACCACACCAGGCCACACCAGCUGCAAGUGCCUUCCUCGGAGCAGGAGGUGGCCUCGCCUUCUAUCCCCUCACCUCCCAGCUGUCACGGUUCGUCUGCUCUGGGCUGAGCUGUGUGGCCCUCCCUGCUCCAUUGGCCGUGGGCUCAGUUGGACACCCCCAGCCCCUUCUGUUGCCAAACCAGGAAGGCAGCUUUCGCUUAUUCCCGCCUCAGGAUGGAGCUCCAGGAGGAGCUGACAGCCCCAGACCUCCCAGCAUCCUGCUGUGUCCUCUCCCCUCACUCCGGAGGCCACCCACCUGGCCUCGCCUACACACUUUAAACCAUAACCACUAAAGCUCUACACAGUCUGUAUUGUAGCGUGUAGAGCCCCCUCCCAGCUGGGGUUGUCUCCCCAGGGCUGGGAUCGUCUGUUCCUUCCUGUGCAGAAGCCAAUGCGCCUCUCUGCCCCAUGGCCUGGCCCCAUGUCCUGCCCUGGCGUGGGGGUGGUCAGGCCUUCCCUUCCCCUCCCUCCCUUAUUUUUUAUAUUGGUGAUUUUAAAGGGGACUCUUCAGGGACUGGUGAACCAGUUAUGGGGGUGCACCUGGGUCUAGGGUGGGUGGUCUCCUGUUUCCAUGCAGAAAAACCCCAAAUAAUAAAGGAAGAA